UACGAGGCAUUGUUCGUUGCUUCCUUCGCCGACUCACUCUUCAGUACACCCUCUUUUUUGUUUCUUCCAUUUUCUUCUCGCGCGCUCCACACUUAUUCUCUCUAUUGCCUACUAACUGUUCGACGAAAUGCUCCAAGCAUGCACUUCCUCACCGCACCCUCCCUUUCGCUGCUCUCGCCUCUCCUGAUCCCGUCCCUCGUCCCCCCGCUCUACUUCCCCGGCUCGACCAGGCGGGCACGCCGGUUUGGGGUCGAACCUGGUUCGGUUCUCCAUUCUUCUUGGAGGGGGACCUGCUACAAGGGUUUGUGCUGGUCCUGCACUGAGUUCUUGCGGCGGUGUAAGGAUUGGGACGGAGAGUUUUCCUCUCUUGAAUCCGAGAUUCUUGAGUUUAUGCAGAGUUCCGAUAAGCCCGAAGCAUUUCCCACCAAGGAGGAGUUGGUUGCUGCAGGAAGGGUGGAUUUGGUUAAGGCUAUUGUCAACGAGGGAGGGUGGCUUGCGUUUGGGUGGGAAUUGAAUGGCGGGUCCAGUGGAAUAGGCGGUCUUGAAGAUAAUUGUAGCUAUGGAAUUGACGGUUAUGCCACUCGGGUUUCUGGGGUUUCUUCACCUUCCUCUUCUUCCCAAACAUCCCAAACAGAUGAUUCAGUAGAAGUUAUAGCUGACAAUGAAUCUGGCAUUGCGGGUAUAUUGAAUCGAUUGGAGAAACAAAGAAGUAGAUCUUUUGGACUUGGUGUCGAUAGUAUUUCUUCUGAAAAUAAUGAAGACAAAGAUGAAUGGGAUCAUAGAACGGCUGUGGAUGCAAUAGCUACUGGUCUUCAAAAUAGUGGCAGAGCACCCUCAUUUAGCCCCACAAGCAGUCAUCCCAGUGGUUCUCAGAUCAAACCUGAUCAGCAUGGGUCACAAUUAAGUAUGGAAAAUUCAGAAAGCACCCUUAAGCCAGAGAUGUGGAGGAGUUGGAUUGUUCAGAGAAAUGGUUAUCCAGAUGCAGAUUUUGAAGAUGCUGAAAUUAUUCCCAGUGAAACUCAGAAAGGAGGCGUGAGUGAUACUUCUGGACAACAUGAUAUCCUCAAGAGAAUGGAGUUUUCGUCUCAACUUACAAACAAUGAAACAGGAUUAUAUUCUCUUGAUGUAAAUGCAAGUCACAGUGACAUUAAAUCCCGUAUCCAGCAUCUGGAAUCCGAGCUAUCUUCUACACUUCACUCGUUGAGGUCUAGCUCAGAUAAAAUUACCGAGCAGAUGGUUCAUAAGAGCUCUUCUGAUGAUCUGGCAAAGCUUUCCGAUGCGUGGGAAUUUCAGGAAAAUGAGAUCAUGAAUGCUAAGGACAAAUUGCGUUCUAUACAGGCUAAAUUGGCAGUUUUAGAAGGAAAGAUGUCAUUGGCAAUAAUGGAUGCACAUAAGGUAGUCGAAGAAAAGCAGAUGAAGAUUAGUAAGGCUCAGAAGGCUUUGCAAAUGCUGACGACUACUUGUGUAGUUUGGCCAAAUAAUGCUUCAGAAGUAUUUUUAACAGGAUCAUUUGAUGGUUGGUCCAACAAGAGAAAGAUGGAGAGGUUAAGCAGUGGUAUAUUUUCUGUGACCUUGCAGCUGUAUCCUGGAAGAUACGAGAUGAAGUUCAUUGUAGAUGGAGAAUGGAAAAUUGAUCCCUUGCGUCCUAUUGUAACCAACGGUGGCUAUGAGAAUAAUCUUCUUAUAGUUAGUGAUUGAUGGAAGAGAAAGUUAGCAUAAGAUAAUAUCUUUGGAACACAGGAGGAUGACAUGCUUAGGUUAGUUACCAAUUUUUUCACUUUUGUACAAAAUAUUCGGUGAGAAGUUCAUUGAUUCUUUUACUUAGUC